AUGGGGUCGCCCGGCUCCAGCCUCCCGUUCCGCCUGCUGCAGCAGCUGCUCCUGGUCCUCGUCGUUGCCCGGCACCGACACCUCCAACGAACCGGAGCCGCCGCCGCCGCCGCCGCCGCCGCUGCUGCUACCGGAGCCGAGGCCAAAUUCGGAUGCCUAUUUGAAGAUGACCUCUGCAAAUCUUUUGAAAUCUGCAUAAAUGACGCAGUGUUUGGAAAGUGCCAGCGGGUACCAGUGAUAGACGUAUACAAGUAUGAAGUUUCACCACCCAUCCUCCAGCGCUUGCAAAUUGUCUUACAGAAGCUGUUGCACAGAGGUUUUACAUGGCAAGAUGAUUAUACACAGCAUGUUAUUGCCCAUGAACUCUCAAAUCUCCAUAAGAUCCAUGACUGGCACUCUGAAACAUUCUCGUCAGAGGACCCUGAUUUACCAAGGAGCUCAAAGCAGAAUCCUGAUAGCAAUAGGAAUGUAGACAUGGGAAAAGAUGUGAACUUUGUCAAGUCUCCUCAGCAAUACCUUGCCUACUUGGAUAUUAUCUCCCAGUCUCCAACUCCAAAUUUGUAUUCAAGGAUAAAGGGUAACAAAGCCUCUCUUAAGAUUGAUAUCCCACCUGACGCCAUAAUCAACUACAUGGUACAGAAUUCUAAAGGAAAAACAUCUGCUUUGAUCCGUUCAGGAACAGCCCAUUCAAAAUAUAUUGAAAACUUCCCCAUGCGAACCUUCAGCCAAACACAGAUAGAUACAUUCCCACUAAAGCCACAAGAAGAAUUUGACAGAAAAGCUCUACUGGCAGCCUUAAAUGCAUACAUCACUCAGAAGGUGACAGCAAAAAACUUUGAUGAAACAUCAUCUGUUAGCAGGACUAAAGAGUCUUCCCCCUAUACGAGUAGGCUCAAGCCUCCUCAGACUGACCAUCUUGAUGGAACGUUGUCCAAAGAAAAAACAGGGGAUUUUGACAUGAGGCCACCAUUCCUACGGAGGCCUGGAUCUGGUCUGGUACCUGGUUCUACCCAGAGUGAUUUGAGGGUCCCUCUAACUCCAGUAGAUGAAAUAUUUAUUCAAGAUGUUCUGAGGGACCUGAAGAAACAUCAUGUGGAUGUAGAUAAGUUGAGCCCACUGGAGCUGGAUGAGAUGGCUGAUAUCAUUGCUGAUGCUAUUCAAGCUGUUGAUGUAGAUGAAGAAAAGAAAAAUGCCCCUGGGAAGGUUGAAGGAGAGAGAGCAGAAAAGGGAGUGGACGCAGAAGGGAAAGAUGAUUAUGAGAUGGGAUUAAUGACUGAAGGUUAUCCCAUGCAAGAUGAGGGAGCACAGAAUGAAAAUGCCAGGAUUAAAGAGGAGGAGAACCGUUUGGGUACAAAACUACUUGAUUUUCUGAAUGAGGAUAUGGCAACUGAAAAUCUACCUAAGGCAACUUUGCCCAAAGAAUCAUUUAAAACAGAAAUGAAGAAGUCAGAGGAUUUAGAUCUUUCCUCUUCCUCUGAGGAAGUGAUGGCUGGGAUUGAAAAUGUGAAGAGUGAAACAUUCUCGAGGGAGCUGAUAGCUGAAAAGAAAACUGAGUCGGAACCUAACUCUAAAGAGCUGACUGAGCUUCAUCACUGGAUUAUGAAUACUUUGAUUCAGGAUGAAAGUGCUUACGAAGAAACUAAAAAGAAGAUGGGAGCAGGCCUACAGCUAGAUGCAAAGUCUUCUAAAGAAGAGGAAUAUGGCUAUAUUGUGACAGAGAAAGACCCUCUGAGUGAGGAAAAGGGUUUGGAGUUAAUAAAGGAAGUUGCGGGCCUGCUGAAGCUCCAAAUGACAGCCUUUGCUGAUAUCAGCAUGCUGGGGCCAGCUGUGACCUUCAAAGUGCACUCAAAUAUCCUCAAUGUCACCACUGCUGAUGUUGCCAAAGCAGCAGCUGACAACAAAGGCAUACUUGAAAAAGGAACAGGAUUGAAAAUUUUGCAGAUUGGCAUGGGGGAGAAAAGCAAGUUGCAAUUUUUGCCCCACCGUGCCCAGGAGGAGGAAGACACCACCAAAUUCAUCAUACUGACACUCCUCUCCAUUGCUUGCAUUUUGGGGGUUCUUCUGACUUCUGGGGUCAUUUACUGCGUCCGACAUGGCUCUCAUCACAAACUGAAGGAAAAGCUGACUAGCCUGGGCUCUGAUACUGGCUCCGACGCUACUGCCGCUUAUCAGGAGCUAUGUCGCCAGCGUAUGGCAGUAAAAUCAUCAGAUCACCCAGAGCCUCUGCAUACUUCUCGUAUUAACAGCAUAUCUUCACAGUUCAGCGAUGGCCCCAUUCCAAGUCCCUCUGCUCGAAGCAGUACUUCAUCCUGGUGUGAGGAACCAGUUCCGUCCAACAUGGACAUUUCCACUGGUCACAUGAUACUGUCCUACAUGGAAGAUCACUUGAAGAACAAGAAUCGUCUGGAGAAAGAAUGGGAAGCGCUUUGCGCUUAUCAAGCUGAGCCCAAUGCAACUACCAUUGCCCAUAAGGAGGAAAAUGCCCAGAAGAACCGCUCUCAAGAUGUAGUAGCAUAUGAUCAUUGCAGGAUAUGUUUAAAAGCUGAAAACAGUCAUGACAAUUCAGAUUACAUCAACGCAAGCCCAAUUAUGGACCAUGACCCUAGGAACCCUGCAUAUAUAGCUGCUCAGGGCCCCCUGCCCUCGACAGUCACAGACUUCUGGCAGAUGGUCUGGGAAAACGGCUGUGUCGUUAUUGUCAUGCUGACACCCCUUGCUGAAAAUGGAGUCAAACAGUGUUACCACUAUUGGCCAGAUGAAGGGUCAAACCUCUACCAUAUCUAUGAGGUAAAUCUGGUUUCUGAGCACAUCUGGUGUGAAGACUUCCUUGUGAGAAGCUUUUACUUGAAAAACCUUCAAACAAAUGAGACACGGACAGUGACACAAUUCCACUUCCUUACUUGGCACGAUCAGAAAGUUCCUGCAUCCACAAGGUCCCUCCUGGAUUUUCGCAGAAAAGUAAACAAGUGCUACAGGGGUCGUUCAUGUCCAGUAAUUGUUCACUGCAGUGAUGGUGCAGGAAGAAGUGGAAGCUACAUCCUAAUUGACAUGGUUCUCAAUAAAAUGGCCAAAGGUGCUAAAGAGAUUGAUAUUGCUGCUACUCUGGAGCACUUGAGGGACCAGAGACCUGGCAUGGUCCAGACAAAGGAACAAUUUGAGUUUGCAUUGACAGCCGUUGCAGAAGAAGUGAACGCAAUACUCAAAGCCCUUCCACAGUGAGCAGCUCAUUGUCCCUGGGAAGUUUCCAAAGGGGGUCUCUCUGUUUCAUUAUCCUCGGUCCCUGUAAUUGUUGUUGGAAACCGUGACUUCACCUUAACUGUGUGUCUGCUAUUGUAACCACAUAUUGAUAGGCUCUUUUCAAACUUCUAUUGCCAGUUGAAGUUCAACAGUUAACGUGUACUCCAUUUUUGUUACGAUAGUUAGAAAUAAUAAUACACAAAGGCCUUGGCUUAAAUGAUAAGAACAAUCCCUCUAGUAAUUUUUGCAUCCAUGAAGCCCUAAAUUUCACACAUUGAAAGCACAUGUACACCUUUUUAAUAGGAAAUAUACAGUGUUGUGGGUAAGCAGUGAAUUCAAUGUGUCUUUGGCAACGUAGUGUUCUCUUACGUUUUUGUAACUUUUCCAGGACUGAAUAAAAGAAGCAGGGGGCCUAAUUAUUAUAUUUUUUCUAAAGCAUUGGGAUUGUUCUUACAAAGGCCAAGCAAGCGCAGAGAACAAUGGCGCGUGUGUUAGUAAACACAGGUCCGAUUCCUCGCCUCAAGAGGCUGGGCCACUUCAUGCUGCGAGCUGAUGCUUUUCUUAACUGUUGUUUACUUUUCAACUUUCUGCAAUGAAUAGAAGCAAAUCUGAGCUCUUAAGUCCAGAGACCUGCAUAGUUAUCACCACUAUGGAGGAAAAGUCGGUCACAUUAGCAGGAGCCCAAGUUUCCAAAGAGCACAGCAAACUUUGAUUGUGUGUCACUGCCCUCACAGGGGAACGGCAGGCAGAUGAACUGAACUUCAGUGGGUUUUGGAAGCUCUCUGCGUUGGCAGCGUGUUGAGAGCUUCUUCUUUUUAAUUAGAGGGAAAUGUGCAUCUAGCCUUGCGUUUUAUAUCUUGAGAUUAAUUUACCUUUCUAAAUACC